AUGGAAGUUGGUGCAGAGGGCGGAGCGUCCGAGCGCACGGCCGACGCAGAUCCGCCAGUGAAGCUCCGGUGUGAGAGCGAAGCCGGCGACAGCCUAAAGCGGGGCCGGCUUGGCCUUGUGAGCCUCAGCAGCGUCCUGGGCGCCCUCGAGCGAUUGGACGAUCAGAGUGUGUCCCGCAGCCUGAAGCGCAAGCGAUAUGCCGCAGCUCUGUUGCUGCUGAGCGUACCUGUGUUGAGCAGCAUCGUGGCUUUCGGGGUGCAGCUGUCGGUGGCAUUUGGCCACAGCUUUUCCAAACUGGGAAGCCUUUUCGUCGCCAGCAGUUUGCUUGUGACACUCCUGACCGCACACCUUGUUUUUCGCUACGGCAGAGCUGAGUUCAAGAAAUUGGCGUCGCGGCGGUACCUCAUCUGCGUCCUAAACGGCAUCAUCGUAGCCUCAAAGCAUACACUUCAAGCCUUGGCUGUUUCCAGGAUGAACUCAUCGAUUUUUUUCAUUGUGAUGCGCUUUGCUCUGCUUUGGAUGGCCAUCUUUGACGCGAUUUAUUCCCUCAAGCUGCCUGGACUCAAGGCCAUUGGCAUCGUUGCGGUGAUACUAUUCUCCGUCAGCAUCACUUCUGACUCUUUGACCUCUCAGGAAGAGGGCAUCGAGGUGACCACGGAAGGAGUCUUGCUGGCGCUGGGCUGUGCUUUGGCAGAUGCCGGCUCCGACAUCGCCUCUGAUGUGAUUGGGUCGAGCUUCACUACUGGGCUCCAGGGAAAAGCACGGAACUGUGAGCUGAAUCGGUAUCUGGUGAUGCAACAAGCUUGCAGCAUACCUUGUUACUUGCUGGCUGCUGCUUCCAUCGGCGAUCUCCCGAGCCUUUUCCGGGGCUUUGAUGCCACUGUCUUCCUUCUGGCAUCAUUGCCCCUGGUUCUGAAGAUCCCUGUGUUUCAGUUUGCCAUAUUCACUGCCGGUGCAGUGAAGACAAACAUGGCCGUAUCCUUCGAGAUGGGAGUUUCUUAUGUCUUCGAGGUUUUUUUCGGUUUGGCGAAGUUCAACGUGAGCCGAUUUUUCGCAAUGAUGUCCUUUGCAUGCGUCCUUCUGAUGGAUUCGCUACAUGCUUCCAACCUGGAUGAUGCAGCAGCUGCGCAGCACAGGACGACCUUGCAACAGGUCCGACGAGAGAUUGGGAGAUCUUGUGAACCAACCUCAUUGGUCCACGACGGCAUUGAGGACUGA